AUGGCAGAGCUAGAUCCUCUUGUCCUUUCGUACUCCCAUCUGAAGGACCUCCCCCGGGCCAAAGAUGCGCUGCAUACGCUGCAGAAGAUCGCUUCGCUGGUGAAGCCUAUCAUGAGAGCCCGCGGGUGGAAAGUACGACAGAUCACAGAAUUCUAUCCCAGCGAACAAAAUCUUCUUGGUCUUAAUGUGAACCGUGGGCAGAAGAUCUGCCUCCGGCUGCGAUACCCUUCUGACCGCAACCAGUUCCUCCCCAUAGAACAAGUCGUGGACACUAUGCUCCAUGAGCUAUCCCACAUUGUGCAUGGUCCGCACAACGCGAAGUUCCAUGCUUUGUGGGAUCAGCUCCGAGACGAGCACGAGGCGCUCCUAAUGAAGGGAUACACUGGUGAAGGGUUCUUGUCGGAAGGCCAGCGCCUUGGAGGGCGAGGAGGUGUUCCCAUGCACGAGGCUCGGCGGCUCGCCCGAGCAGCGGCAGAGAAGCGUCGCACGCUCGCAGCUGGUUCCGGCCAACGAUUAGGCGGCAUGGCCCCCCGGCCAGGUCAAGACAUACGCAAAGUCAUCGUCGAUGCCGUCGAGAGGCGGAACAAGACACUCCAAGGUUGUGCAAGCACUACACACAACGAGGCAGAGAUCCAGGAGAUUGCCGACACAGCCACGAGGAAUGGCUUCAGCACCAAGGCCGAAGAGGAUGCUGCGAACGAGGCUGCAAUCGCCCAGGCCUUGUGGGAACUAGUCCAAGAAGAUGAGAAAGCCAAGCACGGCGCAUCGUACGCACCGCCUACUUCUGGUAAUCCUGCUGGAAGCGCAAGUCAAGGACUGCACGUUUCGAGAGCGGAUCACAUGAAAGACAAGCCUAGCGCGCAACUAGGAAACAAGCGUGAAGGCUUGCCUGAGGUAGACAAGAACGACCCAGCAUCGACAUCGUGGACCUGCCACGUGUGCACCCUCGAGAAUCCCCUGGAGUAUCUCUGUUGUGAUGCAUGCGGAACGGAGAGAGCCGAGGAGGUGACCAAGGAUCUGGCGGAGCGAGGAGUUAAGCGUCAGCGAAUAGCCACCAUUGACUUGACUACGAACUCCCCCAACGGCACCCGAAGCGUCCCGUCAGCGGGACAGUUCAACUCUAAUUCGGCGACGUCAGCCCUGGGAGCGAAGCCCGUGGCGCCAAGAACUUGGACCUGCUCCGUGUGUGGACGGCUGAGGGACUGGAAUUUCUGGAGCUGCGACCUCUGCGGAAAGAUCAAGGAGACUUCAUGA